AUGGCGAGGGAUGGUGUACGUGCCGUCCGCCUGAAAAGGAUAUUCAAUUCUUUUCUAUACGGAAAACGAUCUGUAUCAAACACUCACGAAGCGGAAGUAUUCUUUGAAGCUGCAAAAGUCCAAACCUCUCCAUCAUCGUGUUUGGAGGCUAUCCUUGCGAGCCCAUCUGGCCUUGACGUCGUCAAAUCCAGCGUGCGAGCCAGCGCCAGUCUCCAGUUCGUCUCUGACCAUGUCCUGCCGUUUUUGCAAUACAUUUGCCAGACUGAGGCCAAGGCUCUAUGUGAGGGAAUGCUCUUACACCAGCUUAUGGUUGCUGCCUGGCAGCCGCCAACUGCAUGGAAUGCCAUCCAGAAGCACUACGUCGCUGGUAGCUUUGCCGAAAAGGACGCAGAAGCUUUUGCAGGGCUGUGUUUUGAGAUUGUCACCUAUCCUGGACCGGAGUUCGCUGGGAUGACCAGAGACUUUGAAAAAGCCAUCAAGACACGUCCGUUUACGAAAAGUCCCGGUUCCAAGACCCGCGAACUUGGCUACCGCACCCAAAAGGUUCUUCAGACAAGAUCCUCGUCCAACAACGUAGACGAGGUUGAUGGCCUUGGAGGGAGACAUGACAAUGAUUUUACAGAUCUUCGACAGAUUUCCAUCUACCCAAGCAGCGAUGAGCUCUCUUCGACAAUCCCACCAUUCUAUCGACUGGCUGUCCAAGUAUCACAGUCUGACCCGGCUCAGAGGACCGCCAGGCACCUUGACAACCAGUUCCGUCUUCUCCGCGAGGACAUGCUGGCAGAGCUUCGCGACGAUAUUUCCAUCGCCACAGGAAAACAAAAAGGCAAGAGGCGAAGCCAAAUCCUGAAAAAUCUCGUGCCGGUUGGCAUCAAUACAGGUGAUAAGGUGCGAGCUCGGCAGUGCGCCCUUCGAGUCAGCGUCGGUUCCGGGCUCGAGAGACUUACCAAGCUGCCAGUUGACCAGCGAAAGAAGUUCUUAACUGAAAACCGAAGCUUCUUGCCCCAUCAGGCGUUUGGAGCCAUCUCAUCGAACGGAACUAUUCUUGGUUUUGCCUUUGCGGUCCGCAACAUUGACGACCUCGUCAGAAACCCUGCACUGCUCAGUCUCUCAUUCUGUUCCUCUGAAACCAUGGAGAAGGCCUUGAGCAACGCUAUACAGUCGCAGAACUUGGAGUCUACCCUAGUAGACACUCCUGUAUUCGCAUAUGAACCUGUCCUCCGACGCCUUCGAGAAAUCACGGAGCUGCCGCUCGACAAGCAUCUGCUGCAGAUGGAGGAUGACGAUGCGGAGCAGAGGACACAACCCAGAUGGGCCGUGCUCGGACAGUCUGAGAAGCAGACGAAUGGCAUCCUCGCUGCGACGGUGGGCAAGGUCCUGGUCAUUGACGAGGCCUACGGGCUCUAUGGUGGCGGCGCUGCGUCAAAAGGCGGCGGCGGCUUCUCGGACCCUUACAAGGUGGCUGUGAUGGACACCAUCGUCGCCAACGUUCACAGCACCCCAGGUGAUAAUCGCUGCGUUCUCCUCCUGGGAUACCGGGACCAGAUGGAGGGAAUGUUCCAAAAUGUCAAUCCUGGACUCAGCCGACGGUUGCCGCUCAGCACCGCGCCGACCGAUAUGAGCAAGAUCCUGGACCUGAAGCUCAAGCAGCAAGGCUUUGGGGUGACUCAAACUGCUAAACAGGUCGCUCUGGAUAUGAUCGAGCGCGCACGCAGUCGUCCCAAUUUUGGCAAUGCUGGUGAGGUGGAUAUUCUCCUCAACGGUGCCAAGGCUCGUCACCAGACGCGACUGACGGCUUGUGAGACCCUGCGAGUGUCCACCUUGGAAGCCCUCGACUUUGACGAGGAUCACGGUCGAACAGAGAAUGCCGAGACCAAUGUAGCGCAACUCUUUCGCGACACGAUUGGCUGCGAGCGCAUCGUGGCCAUGCUCCAGGGCUAUCAGCAGACGGCCCGCACGACAAAGAACCUUGGCUUGGAUCCCAAAGAACACGUUCCGUUCAACUUCAUCUUCCGCGGCCCACCAGGCACCGGCAAGACGACGACGGCACGGAAGAUGGGCAAAGUGCACGAAUGGACCCGACACAGAAGUCUGCCUGUCAAACAGUUGAGCACGUUCAGAUCAGAGACUCUUUAG